AUGUGGGGACCCGGGGUCACGGCCGAGGGCCUGUCGGUGGCGCCGGCGCCGCCACCGCUGCUGCCGCUGCUGCUACUGCUGGCGCUGGCGCUGGUGGCGCCCUCGCGGGGCGGCGGGGGCUGCGCGGAGCUGGCGUGCGGCGAGCGGGAGCGCUGCUGCGACGCGGCCAACGCCACCGCGGUGCGCUGCUGCAAGCUGCCGCUGCACGCCUUCCUCGACAACGUGGGCUGGUUCGUCCGCAAGCUCUCCGGGCUGCUCAUCCUGCUGGUGCUCUUCGCCAUCGGCUACUUCUUGCAGCGCAUCAUCUGUCCCAGCCCACGCAGGUACCCGCGCGGACAGGCGCGACCGGGGCCACCGGGGGGCGCCGGGCAGCCGGGGGCCGCGCGGCCGCCCGACGACAACGACGACGACGACUCGCCCGCGCUGCUGCGGGACGAGGCGGCCGCCGGCUCUCAGGACUCGCUGCUGGACAGUGGAGGCGGUGGCCGGGGCCGGGCAGGCGGCGGGCGCUCGGCCCCUUCCUGCGCCUCGGAGCAGGAGCUGCGCGUAGUGUCGCCGGUCUUCCUGCAGCUGCCCAGCUACGAGGAGGUCAAGUACCUGCCAACCUACGAGGAGUCCAUGCGGCUGCAGCAGCUCAGUCCCGGGGAGGUCGUGUUGCCCGUGUCAGUGCUCGGCCACCCGCGAGGUGGAGGCGCCGGGGAGUCCGACGGCGGCGGCGAGGUCCGCUUCCCGCUCAUCUGAGCGGCCGGGGCUUCGCGAGGACCACGCGGACAGAACCGGGCCUGGGGCUACGGGUAGGACGCAAGGCCGAGGGGGCCGCGGCCGCCGCCGCCAGUUG